UCAGAGACAUACAAUUUACUAAAACACAUCAUGAAGGCCUGUUUUGAAGAGAAGGGGAGUAAGACUACAUCUAUUCAUAUGAGACAGUCUUGCUCUGUCGCCCAGACCGGAGUGCAGUGGCGCAGUCUCAGUUCACCGCAACUUCCGUCUCCCGGGUUCAUGCCACUCUCCUGCCUCAGCCUCCUGAGUAGCUGGGACUACAGGUGCAUGCCACCACACCUGCCUAAUUUUUGUAUUAUUAGUAGAGACAGGGUUUCACCAUGUUGGCCAGGAUGGUCUCCAUCUAUUGACCUCUUGAUCCACCUGCCUCAGCCUCGCCCGGGAUGGGCCUGGAUUUCUUUUUUCUAAGCCGGGUUUGGUGGAUGGCUGUGGUGAUUUGAGCUGGGCCAAAUUCUGCAUCUUGGAGGACGUUAGAGUUUUGCCAAUUUAGUCUGAAUCAGGUGGCGGCAAUCUGACGUCAUUAGUUUCUCAUUCUCCUUCUGGGAACAGUGUACUAGCCAGGGGAUAUUCUCAAGGUAAAUGGAAAGAGGAAGAAUCCCCAGUAUGGAAGCAAUCUCAAAUCUCUAUGCGCGUAUUAAUUUUCUGUUCAUCAAAGCAAGUUAAAUGUUGGUACUCCAAGUUCAGGGGACAGGUAGUCAGUCUUCCUGUGAUGGGAGGAUACUGCAAGAUUAUAUAUCAAAGGGUCUGGUACUCAGGAAUUCUUAUAAAAUUGCUAAAUAUUUAAUAUAAUAAUAAAUAUUUAAACAUUAGACUUGAGAGAAACUUUACCAAGUCCUAAGAAUUAGAAAUAUGUUUGAUAAAUAAAUAUUAUUCAUGGACUGAAAACCCUGAGUGGGAAAAUAGGACUAAUUUCACCUGGACAACCUCUUGGAAACUCAUUUUUUAUUUUGGAAAUUACAAGAAAAUAAUUAUUGAAUUCAUAAGUGGUUUGCACGUGUGUGUAUUGGUGUGCAUAUUUAUGAGCUUGUGAAUAAUGAAGUUAUACAAAAGUAUUAGCAGCCAGCAGAUCUUAUGGAGUAUUGGCCUGCCUGUGAAAAAUCUUAGAUGCUUUUGAUAAAAGCAGUUUGGAUUCUGUCUAUUUAAAUCUGACAUUUAAAAAAGUCCAUAUUGGUGAUGAUCUUAGUUAUGACCAAGCUCCCUUUAAGAAUUUAGACAUUUACUCUAUGAUGUAUGUAUUGGGUUACAAAACUUCCCUAACAAUUGAAGUCGCUAAAGACAAAUGAUGGAGAGGUUACACAAGGAAAAACUGCAAACACUGAAAGAGAAUAUGUCCUUGUUUGCAUACUAGCAAAUGAGAAUUCAGGUUUCAUGUCAACUUCAGUAUGAGUAAUUCCAGCCUAUAACAAGAACAGACAGUGAAUGAAUGAGUUAAUUUGAGUUGUUUGAAAAUAAGAAUGUUUUCCAUAAAGAGAGCAUUGAACUUAUCCAUCAGUAUGCCAUGGUGAUUUCUGGCUUGACACUUGUCACAACAAUUAAAAGUAUAAAGAAUGUCAUAGCACAUUAGUAAAUCAGGUGCAUAUGGACUUUAAGGUCAGGAUAUUCAAGAAAUCACACCCCGUUAUAUUACAAUGACAGGUGAUGCCAGCGAGACUUCCUGGAUGAAGUGGGGUCUUGGAGAACUUUUCUGUAGCUAACAAGGGAAUUGUAAAAUGCACCAAUCAGCACUCUGUAGCUAGCAAGGGGAUUGUAAAAUGCACCAAUCAGCACUCUGUAGCUAGCAAGGGGAUUGUAAAAUGCACCAAUCAGCACUCUGUAAAACCACACCAAUCAGCGCUCUGUAGCUAGCAAGAGGAUUGUAAAAUGCUCUAAUCAGCUUUCUGUAAAAUGCACCAAUCAGCAGGAUCCUAAAAGUAUCCAAUCGCAGGGAGGAUUGAUAAAAGGCACUCUGAUAGGACAAAAAAGGAAAAUAGGAGGGGUCAAAUAAGGGAAUAAAAGCUCGCCACUUCAGCCAGCAGAAGCAACCCGCCUGGGUCAUCUUCUACUCUGUGGAAGCUUUGUCCUUUUGCUCUUCACAGUAAACCUUGCUACCGCUCACUGUUUGGGUGUGUGCCAUCCUUAAGAGCAGUAACACUCACCGUGAAGGUCUGUGUCUCCAUCGUUGAAAUCAGCAAGACCACCAACCCACCUGCAGUAACCAAAUCCGGACACAACACCAGCAUUUAAAAAUUUCUUUUUGUCAGUUCAGACAUGAUAACUUUUCUACCCAUCACUUUUUCCAUUCUAGUAGUGGUUACAUUUGUUAUUGGAAAUUUUGCUAAUGGGUUCAUAGCAUUGGUAAAUUCCAUUGAGUGGUUCAAGAGAAAAAAGAUCUCCUUUGCUGACCAAAUUCUCACUGCUUUAGCAGUCUCCAGAGUUGGUUUGCUCUGGGUAUUAUUAUUACAUUGGUAUUCAACUGUGUUGAAUCCAGCUUUUUAUAGUGCAGAAGUGAGAACUACUGCUUAUAAUCUCUGGGCAGUAACAAGCCAUUUCAGCAACUGGCUUGCUACUAGCCUCAGCAUAUUUUAUUUGCUCAAGAUUGCCAAUUUCUCCAACCUUAUUUUUCUUCACUUAAAGAGGAGAGUUAAGAGUGUUGUUCUGGUGAUGCUGUUGGGGCCGUUGCUAUUUUUGGUUUGUCAUCUUUUUGUGGUAAACGUGAAUGAGAUUAUACAGACAAAAGAAUAUGAAGGAAACAUGACUUGGAAGCUCAAAUUGAGGAGGGCAGUGUACCUUUCAAAUGCGACUGUAACCAUGCUAGCAAACUUAGUACUCUUCACUCUGACUCUAAUAUCAUUUUUGCUGUUAAUCUGUUCUUUGUGUAAACAUCUCAAGAAGAUGCAGCUCCGUGGCAAAGGGUCUCAAGAUCCCAGCACCAGGGUCCACAUAAAAGCUUUGCAAAUUGUGAUCUCCUUCUUGUUAUGUGCCAUUUACCUCCUGUCCAUAAUGAUAUCAGGUUGGAGUUUGGGGAGGCUGGAAAACAAAGCUGUCUUCAUGUUCUGCAAAGCCAUUAGAUUCAGCUAUCCUUCAGCCCACGCAUUCAUCCUGAUUAGGGGAAACAAGAAGCUAAAGCAGACUUUUCUUUCAGUUUUGCAGCAAGUGAGGUACUGGGUGAAAGGACAGAAGCCUUCAUCUCCAUAGAUUCACCAGAGGGGCAUUGUGUGUCUUCUAGCAGAAAACAAACUGGUGGUGUAUGAAACAUUUUAAAUUUCUUACUGGUUUUUCUGUAAUGUCUGUGUAUGAAUAAUUUACAAAGGUAUACCUAGAAAAGUCUUUGACCUAAAAUUUGUCUGAAAAACUGUAUAUAUAUAUUUGUGUGUGUUUAUGUGUGUAUGAAAACUUAAGAACAUUGACAAUAACAUGAUCUUUUUUGUUUUUUCAUGCAAACUAGCAAAUUAUACAAAAUAUGACAAAAAUUCCUCAGAAUUAUGGAGCCAAAUGUAUUUCAUUCAUGUAUUUUGUAUUUCAUUUGUAGAAUUUAUGAUGUCUAUUUAUAAUUAUUAAGAAGUAACAGCUUAUCCCAGUAAAAAUAUUGCUCUUUUUUAUUGUUAUUUGAAACACACAAAUAUACCAUAUUGUGCUUAGAAUUCAUUGUUUGAACCUCUAACUUAUUGGAUGGUAAAGUCAUUCAAUUCUAAAUCAAUAAUGAGGAUGUAUCUUCGGGGUUUUACUCCAUUAUGAAUUCCUAUUUUAUGUUUAGUAAAAAGCAAACAGAAUUAUUGUUAGAAAACAAUGCACACAAUAGAAUUUGAGUGACAAGCAUCUGCACAGUAAAUUUCAUCUAUAUCUACCAUAAGCAGUACUGAGGAAUAUUAGAUUUCAUACAAAUAUGUGAAUAGCUUAGAAAAAAUCUCUUCUGUAAUAAAGGGAUGAAAAACCAUGAUCAUGAUCUCGAUUGCUGUUAUCAGUUUCCAUAUGCAGUUAGAAACGUCAUUUCUUCCAGACAUUUUAAUUCUUUGAAUUAAAGAAAAUUUUGAAUUAAAGAAAAGCUGUUUUUGAAGUGGAGAUCUGAUGUAAAUUAUGUUAGUAUUUUUUCUAAAGCACUUUUAAGCCCCUGAAUUGCUAAUUGUAUCCUCAUCUUCUAUUUAUAAAAUUCCUUGUAAACUUCAGAUAAGAGAACUCAAAUCUUCUCUUUUCUAAAAAAAACCUAUGCAAAAAUAGUAUAGAAAUUAUGGAAAAUAAUUCAGUGAAACUUUUUCUAAACGUUAAAAUAGUAUCUAUGAAAUCUAUGUAUUAAUUAUGGGAAAUGCCUUAAUGUUGUAAUUUUGUUGUCAACGAUGAAAUGAAAGUGUGUUGACAUAUUCAUUAAUAGGAAGUUCUAUUAUAAGAAAGAAAUGUACAGUCUUGUUCACAGCUAAAUUCUACCUGACUGUAUUAAUUCUUGGUGUUAUGAAAUUUAAACAAUGUGAUUUAAACCUUAAGAUAAAUCAUCCCCAUACCUGAUUUAUGUAUUUUUUAAUCACAUAUCUUCCUCAGUACAAUGUAAAAACUGUAAAAAAAGAGAUCAUGUUUGUCUUGCUUUCUGUUGACUCCCAGGAACUAGAACCCAGCACAAA